AUGUGUUCGGUGGAUACUCAGCCGUUAAGGUCGUUGAAAGAGUUGUGGGACUGGAAACCGGAUGGUAUCAGCCAGAAUCUUAUCGCUAAGCCGUUGCAAAAUUGUGAAUUUCAUCAAAAAAGAACUGAAACAUUGAUAUGCCACGAUAUGGCAGGUGGCUAUCUACCUGAAGAAAGGUUUACGGGAUGUCAAAUAACAGAAAAGUCAACGCCGUUCAUUGUUAUGCAUUGGUGGUAUAUGGAUAUAUUCGUGUAUUUUUCACAUCAGUUUAUAACAAUACCACCUGUUGGCUGGAUAAAUCAAGCGCAUUCACAUAAAGUCAUGGUUUUGGGGACAUUUAUCACAGAAUGGACGUCAGGUGCGAAAAUUUGUUCGGAAAUUUUGGCGAGUGCUGAAAAUGUGGAGAGAACUGUCGAUAAGUUGGUAGAGAUCGCAAAAUUUUAUAAUUUUGAAGGAUGGUUGGUGAACAUUGAAAACGAAAUUGAGCCCACACAACUGGAAAUGCUUCAUAGAUUUGUCAGCUUAUUAACAGAAAGGUCAAGAGCUGCGCUUGGUGAGUGCAGUCGUGUAAUCUGGUAUGAUGCAGUUACGAUUGAAGGGAAAUUGGUUUGGCAGAAUUGUUUGAACGAUGCAAAUGAACGUUGGUUCAACGAGACAAAUGGUAUUUUCCUCAAUUAUAACUGGACUUUGGAAAAGUUACAAGAAACUUUAAAGAGAGCUGAACAACGGAAUCAUCGCGUCUAUGUCGGUGUGGAUUGUUUUGGCCGAGGAUGUUAUGGUGGAGGAGGUUGGAAUUGUUGUGAAGCAUUCAAGCAGAUCCGAAAGAAUGAUUUAUCAGUUGCACUGUUUGCGCCUGGCUGGGUAGCCGAAACGCUACCACCAUCCGAUAUCAUCUCGAAUUCACUCAGAUUCUGGGAUCGUCUCGGUGCAUUCCUUCACAGUCGGCCAAUUAAUUCAUUACCACUUGAAACCGACUUCUCAGUUGGAUUCCAUGAAACGAGCGAUAAUUGUGUGUGUUAUAAUUUGUCGAAAGCUUCUCUCCAACCUCAUUAUCUCGCCAACGGUGCAUUUCCAACAGCUGGUCGAAGCAGUUCACUAAUACUUCCUGGACGCACCAUCUACAAGUAG